AUGAAAAAAGGUCACUAUACUAUCAGUCAAGCGACAUCUUUGGAUCUAAAAACCAUUGAAGAUGAACCAUCAAUAAUAGAUCUUCCAAUAUCUCCAGCUUUCAGAAUCUACUCAGCCCCAUGCAAAUCUUCAGAAUCUUACUUCACCUUAGAACGAAGGGCAUAUAGUCCAAUGACUUCUAAUUAUCUAACAUUAGAAGUCGCAUGUUCAUAUGAUGCUGCUAAUCCUAGAUAUACUGGUGUCACGAGAGCAAUUGAAUCUAAAGCAAUAAUCUCUAUCUGCGGCGAAUUGCAUAAGGGAUACAUAUUAACCAAAUCUAAUAUUACAACGACCACAUAUUUUAACGUAUCACUUCUUGGUAACUAUGUAGAACGAAACCAAACUAACCAAAAUAUACAAAAUUCACAAAAUGUAAUAUUAAACAAUCAAAAUCACACAUAUACCUCUUCUUUUUCUAUAAUAAACUACGAACCAUGGAAAAUAUCAGACAAACUUAAUAACUUAUUAAAUGAAUUUCAAGAAACGAUUUUAUACGAUCAUCCCUCUAUACCAUCAAUAUUAAUGAUGAACCAAACAACAAAUUGGAUUGAUUAUGAUACAACAGAAGAAUAUACAUUACCUAUAGCCUUUCCAAAUAUUAAAAUAAUAACUCGCUUAAACAAUCGAGGUCGAACUUUAGGAUCUAAUCCAUAUACAAACUAUCGACACUUAAAAGGAUUCAUUAACCUUUCCAAAAACAAAUAUGCACUUCAACUACAUUCAGGUCUAAUUGGAGCCUUUUUAAAUCAAGAACAAGAAGAUUCUCCUAACUGGUUCCAUCUAACAUUAAUACCCGCAAGUCAGUGGCUAAAAGAAAAUAAUCCUAUAUUUAAAGAAUAUAAUCAUUUAUCAUCUUUUGAAUCACCAAUACAAAAUAUAACAAAUCAACCAUAUCCAAUAGCUAGAUUAACUAAUAUAUCUUCUUGGUCAACACAAAACCAACCUCCUUAA